AUGACUAAAGUAGAAAAUGCUCCUAAAAUAACAGAAAUUAUCCCAAGUGACAAGCAAAAAAAACAUACAGCAUUGGUAAAAAUUGCCGAAUUAAACAUAUGCAUGUUCUUACAAGAGCAUAAUUUGCCAUUUUUACUUGCAGAGCAUCUAGGUAAAUGUUUGCCACAUAUUUGUCCAGAUUCUUCCAUAGCAAAGUCAUUAGCUUGCAGUCGAACAAAAGCUUCAUACAUUACGAAAGAAUGCUUGGCCAAACAACAAUUACAUGAAAUAGCUGAUGUUCUAAAGCAAACGAAAUUUUCUCGGAUUAUUGAUGAGACGACUGACAUCUUCACCGAAAAAUCACCAGCUUUAGUCGUUAGAUACUACGACGAAAAAAGUUAUGCAGCCGUAGACAAAUAA